AUGUCACUGGUACGAAUUGGAACACACUCUCCUCUUUCUGAUGAUAUACACACACCGUUAAGUAUAGUUACAGAGACAAAUAACCAAAUGGAAAUAGGAAACCAUGAACCAACACUUCAAUCGAGCUCUGAUUCACUUCUCACUACACCAGCCGUUUUUGAUAUUCUAGCUGAUGAUUGUUCACAUAGCUCUUCAAGCGGUGAUUUUAAGUCUAUUGAACAUAUUUCUAAUGAGUUAUAUCAAGCGAGUGAAAGCGAAAUCAACGCCGGCACUGAACAUGAUGAUAAAAACCUUACCAAAGUGGCUGAGACAAACACUAGACGCGAGAAUAGUAGCCAAGAUACAAUGGCAUCACAAAAUAUCCGACGAUAUCCACAUCUUACGCCAAAAUUUUUGCCAAAUAUCCCUUUCAUAAAUGAUCAAGAAGCAGCAUUGUUGGAUGCUAAACGUAGAAAAUAUGCUCAUUUACCAUGGUAUGCUACAGAAAAACAACAACUACAAAUGCUUCGUAAACCUAGUCCUCUAUGGUUUCCUGAACGACCUUGGUUACGAGCUGUUUGUACAGAAAACAAAUACUAUGGUUUAUUAUGUAUUGAUUGCAUUGAAUUUGCGAAAGAUGAAUUUCAUAUUGAGCGUAGUAGUGGUGCUAUUAUUUGCUCACCAUAUUGGAAGUUAAAGCAUAAAGGACUCGAAGGUAUUCGAAAACAUGAAAACAGCAAUAUUCAUACAACAUCUCAUGAUGCUCGAAAAUAUUUACGUACAAUCGUUUCAACUGGAAAUAUCGUGGGACAAUUAAGAGCUCGCAAUAUGAAUGAUCAAACUUUGGAAUAUCUGUCUAUUUUAUUGAAAACAUUUUGGUUCAUGCUCACACACGAAUUGGCUUUCAUGAAGUUUAAAGCUAUGAUUCACCUACUGGAACAAGUUAAAUGUCCCACUAUUGUGGAAUGGUUUAGACUAACGAAUACAAAACAGAGAUAUUGGAGUAAUGAGGUUAUACAUGAAUGGGUAUUAAGCAUUGACUCUUAUAUUUAUCAACAACAGCUGAAAUCUGUGCGUAAAGCACAUUAUUUGAACGUAAUUGUAGAUGAAACACGAGAUAUUUCAGUUCAACAAAUGAUUGCAAUUUGUUUACGUUACGUUGAAGAAAACACAGGUACUAUUAAAGAAGAAUUGUUCAAAAUGGAACCAAUAACAGAUGAAAGUGGAGAAGGUACAUAG